AUGAUAAUGAAGAAAGCUCAUCAAGUUAGCAGCUUUAUCAUUUCCAUCAUCUUCUUCCUCCAGUUCAUAGCAGCCGGCGCCGGCGCCGCCGGCCGUGGAACCUGGUCUCUCCUUCAAUCAAGCAUUGGCAUAUCAGCUAUGCAUAUGCAGCUUCUCCCUAACGAUCGGGUUCUCAUCUUUGAUCGGACGGAUUUUGGUCCCUCCAAUAUUUCACUUCCAAAUGGGAGAUGUAGAACGGACCCAACCGAGUCUGCUUUGAAAUUCGACUGCACGGCCCAUUCUGUCGAAUACGACGUUGUUUCCAAUUCAAUUCGACCACUCACGGUUUUAACCGACGUUUGGUGCUCCUCCGCCUCCUUGUUCCCCGAUGGAAGUCUUGUUCAAACCGGAGGUUACAACGACGGCGAAAAAAGCGUUCGAAUUUUCCGGCCAUGCCCAGUUUGUGAUUGGGAGGAAAUCCCCGACGGUUUAACAGCCCGUAGAUGGUACUCCACCAAUCAUAUGCUCCCCGACCGGAGACAAAUCGUCAUCGGUGGCCGGCGCCAAUUCAAUUACGAGUUUUUUCCGAAAAUAAUGACAUCCUUAGACGCAUACACCUUACCGUUUCUAGAACAAACAAACGACCCGACCGAAGAGAACAAUUUGUACCCUUUCGUGUUUCUCAAUACCGAUGGAAAUCUCUUUAUUUUUGCGAACAAUCGCGCGAUUCUAUUCGACUAUCAAACGUCAAUUGUCGUCAAGAACUACCCGGAAAUACCCGGGGGAGAUCCUAGGUCUUACCCUAGUACCGGUUCGGCCGUACUUCUUCCAUUGAAGAAUUCGGCCGAUCCGGAAGUUUUGGUGUGCGGUGGCACACCAAAUAGAUCUUACACUAGCGCCGUAAACGGACAGUUCGUUAGUGCGCUCAACACUUGUGGGAGGAUCCGGGUCAAUGACCCGGAUCCUCAAUGGACGGUUGAGACCAUGCCAUUCGGACGUGUUAUGGGCGACAUGUUAUUACUCCCGAAUGGGCAUGUGUUAAUUAUAAAUGGAGCAGGGUCUGGAUCUGCGGGUUGGGAGUUAGGACGGGACCCGAUUCUGAACCCGGUUAUUUAUCGACCCGAUUUAGAAAUCGGGUCGAUUCGAUUCGAGGUUCAGAAUCCGGGUACUAUUCCUAGGUUGUAUCAUUCAACCGCGAUAAUACUUCGCGAUGGAAGGGUUUUAGUGGGAGGGAGUAAUCCUCAUACAUAUUAUAAUUUUACGGGAGUUUUGUACCCGACCGAUUUAAGUCUGGAGGAAUUCUCGCCUUCUUAUUUAGACCCCGAAUUUACAAACUUACGACCGUUUAUUAUUUUCCCAUUUUCUCAAGCCGAGUUCUUGUAUGGGCAACUCGUGCCAAUACGUUUUAUAAUUACAGGUCCUGUGGAUUUCACCACAAUUUUGGUGACAUUAUUGUCUCCCCCGUUUAACACGCACUCGUUCUCUAUGAAUCAACGAUUACUAGUUCUCGAUAAGAGCAACCCGAUAAUGCUUGGCAUAUCAACUUUUGAGGUGAUAGCGAGAAUUCCGAUCUCGAGCACGCUUGCCCCGCCUGGAUUUUAUUUAUUGUUUGUUGUCCAUAAAGAAAUUCCUAGUGUGGGGAUUUGGGUGCAUAUUGAUCAAUGA